AGUCGGUGCGGAAUCCUAUGGGGAAGGCCGGUUAUUCUUGGCGUCUGCCAGACCUUGGCUCUGGGACCUUGAGCAGCAGGCGGUGGUAGCGAUGCUCUGGAGGGUGGAUGUGUGCGGGUGCUGGGACAAGGGGAGCUGGAAACCCGCAAGGCUCCGGGGAGCUUUGAAGCUCACAGUUCAGUUUGAGCUGCUCAUAUGGUGAGCCAGCUUAUGAAAUCCUCACGGGUCAUAAAGCUGCUCCAGUCCAAGCGUUUCUGAAAACUAAUCAUGGCUUAACCAAUUGAAAAUGCAAUUCGUAGCUCGCUUUUGAUUUUACUCUCAAACGCAUUUUCCCCCCAGCCGCCUGCAUUUAAAAAGAAAAAGUGUAUUACUUUUAGAACUGAAAGGGCUCAGAUAGCACUUGCUGUUAAUGACCAGUAUGUGGAGUCUGAUUUAGCUGUUCAGAAUUGACAUUUGGGUUUUAUUGGAAGUCUGUCCUCAGUGAUGAAUGUUGAAUGAUGCACUAUGUUUUUGUUUACAUGAAAUUUCUGGAAAAUUAUCAUUUUAGGGUUUAGGGGGGGAAAUCUUGCUCUUAUAAGGCCCAUGAACAUGUUUUAAAAGCUGAAGGCACUUGACGCAUAUCAUAGUUCUUGUUGAAGCAGAAAGAACAUUGGGCCUGGAAUUUGGAAGACCUGACUUGCUAGUUGCUACUGACUCUUGGAAAGUGGGCCUUCUUUCUCUCUCUCUUUUUUGUUUUUCUAUUUUUUUUUUCCUGUAACAUGAGCUCAAAUUUGAAUUCAGAGCUCAGAAAGUUGGAAGGGACCUUACAGCCCUCUAAGAAAGAGUUUGGGAAUGUACUUCAUUGCUGUCAGUUUUUCUCUAAAAAUAACCUGGCCUGGAAGUCCUUGGUCCAAAGGGAAUUUGAUUCCCCAUAGAAAUUGCAGGGAAGUGAAUGCACGUAGAGAGGAGCAGCUGUAUUCCUGCUGGAGUAGGAAAUCCACUAACAGAUUCUGGGACGCAUUUUGGAGGCAUAAAGAGAAUGAGCAUAUGUUCCUUAAGUGUACCAGUUUCCACACACUCUCCUGGCAGAAGAUCCACUGCGCUUAGUGGAGCUGGCAUUUUGGGGUGUGUUUCUAUUCAUUCUAAUACAGAGGAAGAUGAUGUGGUAGAGGGAAAGAUGGUGGCAGAAGGAAUGAGUAAAGAGGCAAAACUGCCUGCCAAAAAGAAAAGAAAGAAGGGUUUACGAAUUAAAGGUAAAAGGCGACGAAAGAAACUGAUUCUCGCCAAAAAGUUCAGUAAAGAUUUGGGAACUGGGAGACCUGUUACAGAUGCCCCUGCUUUGUUAACUUCCAACUCUCCUGAGCAAGAUGAAGAAAGUCUUUUUGAUGGCAAUAUAGAAAAACAGAUUUAUCUACCCAGUACUAGAGCCAAGACCUCCAUCGUGUGGCACUUCUUCCAUGUUGACCCCCAGUACACCUGGCGGGCUAUUUGUAACCUGUGUGAGAAAAGUGUUAGCAGGGGCAAACCAGGCAGCCAUCUGGGAACAUCUACUCUCCAACGACAUCUGCAGGCAAGGCAUUCACCUCACUGGGCUCGGGCCAACAAAUACGGAGUCACUAGCGGGGAAGAGGAUUUUUCUUUGGAACUGCCUUUGUCUCCCUCUUCUGCUGGAAGCAGUGGAAGUUUUGAAUAUAUCCCAGCUGAUCCGCUGGAUGAUGGUAGAGUGGGUAAGAAGCGUGAUAAGUCAGUAUCUGAUGCCCUGAGGGCAGAGAGAGGAAGAUUUCUCAUCAAAAGUAAUAUUGUCAAGCAUGCCUUAAUUCCUGGAGCAAGAGCCAAGACAUCUGCAGUUUGGAAUUUUUUUUAUACUGAUCCUCAGCACAUCUCAAGAGCCGUCUGUAAUAUAUGUAAAAGGAGUGUGAGCCGGGGGAGACCAGGCUCGCACUUAGGAACCUCAACACUUCAGCGACACCUGCAGGCCACGCAUCCCAUCCAUUGGGCUGUGGCCAACAAAGACAGUGGUGCAGCUGGAAAUGGAUUUGAUGAGACUGACACCGAGAGAAGUGAUCUCUUGAGUGAUCCUUUGCAUGGCGAUAAGUCCACGGGCAGCCAAGAUUUAACAGUUGAAGACCUUAGUGACUCUGAUUCAGAUGAACCUCAUGUGUCGGAAGUUGAACACAGUAGGUCUGAGAGUCCCGUUCCUGUUGCCGAGCAAGAUGCUGUAAUGCACAUACAGGAGAAAGAAACAACUCAUUGUGAAAAUUCAGUCUCAAGUCGGAUAAAUCAGGCCGUUAUUCAGAUGAUUGUGGAGGAUAUGCAUCCUUACAACUACUUUUCAACACCAGCCUUUCAACGGUUUAUGCAGAUUGUGGCCCCUGACUAUAGGUUGCCAUCUGAGACGUACUUUUUCACCAAGGCCGUACCUCAGUUGUAUGACUGGGUCAGAGAAAAGGUGUUCUUAACUUUAGAGAAUGUUCAGAGCCAAAAGAUCCACCUGACUGUAGACAUGUGGACCCAUGACCCCUGCACUGACUAUUUUAUUGUGACUGUACACUGGGUCUCUUUGGAAACACCGUCUUCUAGUAAUGGCAAGAUCCCCGAUUUCAGAAAGUCAGCAGUGCUUUGUGUAACAGGUUUGGCCAAAGACUGUUUGCCAACCAACAUUUUACAAGAAUUAAAUGACCAGAUCGGUCUGUGGCUUUCUCCUAAUUUCCUCAUCCCUACCUUCAUUGUUUCUGACAGCUCUUCUCAUGUGGUACAUGCGAUCAAAGAUGGUGGUUUCACACAUGUGCCAUGCUUCCUGCACUGUUUAAAUAUAAUCAUUCAAGACUUUUUCUGUGAACACAAAAGCAUUGAGAAUAUGUUAGUGGCUGCUAGGAAAACUUGUCAUCAUUUUAGUCAUUCCGUUAAAGCCCGUCAGAUCCUUCAAGAAUUUCAAAAUGAUCACCAACUUCCGUGGAAGGACUUGAAGCAAGAUGAAGCCGGCCACUGGAUUUCUACCUUCUAUAUGUUGAAAUGGCUGUUGGAACAUUGCUAUUCAGUUCACCAUAGUCUUGGUAGAGCCAGCGGAGUUGUACUCACCUCCCUUCAGUGGACUCUAAUGACUUACGUUUGUGACAUUCUUAAGCCAUUUGAGGAAGUAACUCAGAAAGUGAGUGUGAAGACCACAGGACUGAAUCAGGUGCUACCCCUAAUCCAUCAUCUACUCCUUUCCCUGCAGAAACUUAGAGAAAAUUUUCACGGCAGAGGCAUUACUCAGGCCCUCAACCUGGUGGACAGUUUAUCUCUCAGACUUGAAACGGACACACUACUAAGUACCAUGCUCAAGUCCAAGCCCUGUAUCUUGGCUACUUUGUUAGAUCCUUGCUUUAAAAACAGUUUGGAGGAAUUUUUCCCUCAAGGUGCCGAUUUAGAAAUGUAUAAGCAGAUUCUUGCAGAAGAAGUUUGUAGUUACAUGGACUCUCCACCAGAGGUUUGCCAUCUCGCAACUUCAGAAUCUUCUGGUUCCUUUACUAUUGGAGGCACUGAUUCACUUACCUCAUCUAUAAGAGAAGGCACUUCCAGUUCAGGGUCUAUGGAGAACUCAGUUAUAAAUGUUGCCAUAACAAACAAAAGCUUCAUGCUUCCCUCUGCUAUAGCGCUAGUGGAUGAAUAUUUCAAAGAGAAGUAUACAGAGAUCUCAGGAGGUGGUGACCCUUUCAUUUACUGGCAAAGGAAGGGGAGCAUAUGGCCGGCUUUGACCCAAGUUGCCAUUCAGUAUCUAAGUUGCCCCAUUUGUAGUUGGCAAGCUGAGUGUACCUUUACUACAAAUAGUUACUUUCAUCCAAAGCAAAUCAUGAGCCUGGACUUUGACAAUAUAGAACAACUGAUGUUUCUGAAAAUGAACUUGAAAAAUGUUAACUAUGAUUAUUCCACAUUGGUUUUAAGUUUGGGUCCUGAGAAUGAAGUUGUUCAAAGUAAUGAAAAAGAAGUAUCUUAAUUUCUUUUUUUUUCUCCAUGCAAAAUGAACAACAGUUUAUUACUAUGUUACUUUAUCCUAAUUGCUAUAGCUGUUAUAUAUAGUUAUGCUGACCUAGGAAUGAACCGAGGGAAACCUGAAAAAUGCAAAAAAGGCUGAAAAUUCCUUAGAGGCAUUAUAAUGUUGAUAAAGUGAAGAUUAUCUUUCAAGAAUUCAAGCAACUAAAUAAAGCAGUCAAAUUUUGGUUUAUAAUCAGUUGAGGGGACAAAGGGUUUCAUUUUUUUUUUUUAAGCUUGAUUUUUUUUGUGUGGGUUUUGUUUUUUUUUUUUGUUAAAAAUAUAGUGCAGCAUUGAAAGACUAUUGCUAUAUCUGCAUGAUUGAUUGGAUUAGUAAUUGGUGUUAAGUGGAGUUUUUUCCCAGUGUGGGAAAUUUGUUCUAAAACCAGAGAAAUUGAGGAGGGGAGGAAGGUAGAUUGGUAUGUUUUUUCCCUCCUCUAUUAUUCAUUUCUUCUUAAACUCUAAUGCGUUGGCAAAAUAAUAAUAAUAAUCAUGAAAUUAUAUUUGAACAUUUCUAUUUACCUCCUCAUACUGGUCAGCUUUAUAAAAUUUUCAACUUACUGAAUGUGAGAGUUAUUAUAUUCAAAGUUGGAUCUGUAUAAAGGGGGUACAUUAGAGAAUAGUUGGGAAAAUUACUUUUUUGUCUUGGAACUGGUUUUUUCCCCCUCCUUUACAAAGUAGUAUAAAAACAGUAUAGAAAUUAUAUAGGUACUUUUAUAUGAUUUAUGAGUAAAUAACAAUAAAAAGUUCAUAAAAAUUGAGAAAGAUUGGGGAUUGCUAUGAACACACUUUGUGAAACUCAGUAUUUCGUGAACAUUUUCUUUAAUUUCAAAUCGUAUUAAAUGUCUUUUAAAAAAUAGACUGAAUGAUCCAUAAUAAUAUAUUAAUCAUGAGAUUGGUUUGAUCUCUAAUCUUAACUAAAAAUAAGCGAUCAAUAUUUUUUGUGUGUUAGGAAUCAUUGUCUCACUGCUAAAAUGAGAUGAUUGAUCUCAGCGAUCCUUAAUGUCCAUUUCCACUCUGAAAAUAUUUCUUUGAAUUGAGUGGAAGGCCAGAAAAAUGAUGACUUUUAGUAAAGUCUAUUAAAAGUUUCAGACUGAAUAACUAAUGUAAGAUCCCAAUUUUUCCUUUUUUUCAUUUUAGAUU